GCUAAUAAGCCUAGGUUCACAAUUAGCAGUACGAUUGGAAGGUAUCCCCGAUAUUUGUUAUAUUAGGCACACCGACUAUACCCACAACACAACAUAACAAGUAAGCGUACUGCUCAUAAUUUAAACUCAAAACGCAUCCGAUAUAUUUACAGUGACGUUAGGCCUAUAUAUGAUUUGAUUAGAGAUAAGGUUGGAUGGCUUGAUGGCUUCUUAGUUUAAAAUAUUUUGGAGAGAAAACUAAGCAUGAGUGAUGAUAACUUGUUUUAUGUACAACCGGUGCGAGGUGCCACGCGUAUUUCUUCCAUACUAUUUGCAAUAGUGAAAACUAGAACAAGUUAACGUUUGUCGUCCGCCUUAACUCGGGCUUUUCGUACUCUUAUUACACAGCUUUAUAGGUCCGCGUUGGCAUGUAUAGUAAAACGCUAUUUCGGGUCUGAAUACAUUGCAGAUUAACACAAAUAUUACGCUUUUUGUACUUUUCUUUUUGCCUUUCUCUUAUCGGCGAAUGGAAUUGGCUGGGAGUGUAGAAGCUGUGUUGUUUGGCUCCCCCCGAGUUGAAGCCGUCCUUGUGCAUACUCUGCAUGUCACAGGAUUUGGUCUCUCCUCUCUUUCUGUAGCUGUUGUAGGACUGGCUAUGUCCACCACUACUUCCGGGUUCCGUCAUUUCAGUCUCCCGCCGAUCAGCGCAGCAAACUGACUCUGUUCUAUAAGCAAGCUAGCAGCCAACCUGCCAACACUCGCUGACACUCACUCAUCUCGGACCGCGAGAUAGACUAAAUACCUACGGGGGAAAGGAAAGAUCUGAAUUGCAAUCUCUUAAUUUCUUUUUCUUUUUACAGUAAUAAUAAAACAAAUAGCGAUCCGGAGGCACAAAGUGGACGCGGACUUGCUGGAUGAAAACGGGCUAAAAAGAUUCACCCUCUCUUGAACAUCAUCACCAAACAUCAUUCAUUCAUUACCUUGACAACCCCUGGCUUUGAUUGACAGUUGGAGUGGCAAAAAGCCAUGAGACACGACAGUUUAGUUACAUGCAGGUUGUUGAUGGGCCGAUUGUAACCUUCAGGUGCUGCUUUAAUUAUUUUUUUUUGGGGGGGGGAGAGGAAAACAAGAAAAAUUGCACAACUCCUGAUGCUUCUGCUUGUACUCUACCACAUUGGAGAAUAGGAGAAUUUGCAAAGAAAAGUUGGUUUGAAAAAGGAAUCGUACCAGUAAAUCACUUUCUAACCGGACUGGGAUAUUAAAUAUACGACACAUCCAGGAGUUUAUUGGAGAGCAGCCUGAUGGCGCAAAGGUACGAUGAGCUGGCCCAUUAUGGUGGGAUGGACGGAGUCGGGCUCCCGGCGUCUAUGUACGGAGAUCCGCAUGCUCCACGGCCGCUACCCCAAGUCCAUCACUUGAACCAUGGACCACCGAUCCAUGCCAGCCAGCACUACGGUGCUCAUGCACCCCAUCCCAGCGUUAUGCCUAACAGCAUGGGCUCCGCUGUCAACGAUGUUUUAAAGAGGGAUAAAGAUCAAAUUUAUGGUCACCCAUUAUUCCCGCUGCUCGCGCUGGUUUUUGAGAAGUGCGAGCUGGCGACGUGCACUCCGAGGGAGCCUGGGGUAGCAGGCGGCGAUGUCUGCUCCUCUGACUCCUUCAACGAGGACAUCGCAGUCUUUGCCAAACAGGUCCGAGCAGAAAAACCUUUAUUUUCAUCAAAUCCAGAGUUGGACAAUUUGAUGAUACAAGCCAUACAAGUAUUACGAUUUCACCUUUUAGAAUUAGAAAAGGUGCACGAGCUCUGCGACAAUUUUUGCCACCGGUACAUCAGUUGUUUGAAAGGAAAAAUGCCAAUAGAUCUAGUUAUUGACGAGCGGGAUGGCAGCUCGAAGUCGGACCAUGAAGAGCUCUCAGGAUCUUCGACCAACCUAGCCGAUCACAACCCAGCUUCCUGGAGAGACCACGAUGACGCCACCUCCACACACUCGGCCGGCACACCAGGGCCCUCCAGCGGGGGCCACGCUUCACAGAGCGGUGACAACAGCAGCGAGCAAGGAGAUGGUUUAGAGAACAGCGUGGCGUCCCCUGGCACAGGUGAUGACGACGACCCGGACAAGGAGAAGAAGAGACAGAAGAAGCGCGGUAUCUUCCCCAAGGUGGCCACCAACAUCAUGAGGGCGUGGCUGUUCCAGCAUCUCACGCACCCGUACCCUUCUGAAGAACAGAAAAAGCAGCUAGCCCAAGACACAGGCCUCACCAUCUUACAAGUAAACAACUGGUUCAUUAAUGCCAGGAGAAGAAUAGUACAGCCCAUGAUUGACCAGUCAAAUCGAGCAGGUUUUCUUCUUGAUCCUUCAGUGAGUCAAGGAGCAGCGUACAGUCCGGAGGGCCAGCCCAUGGGCAGCUUUGUACUGGACGGCCAGCAGCACAUGGGGAUCCGACCAGCUGGGCCUAUGAGUGGAAUGGGGAUGAAUAUGGGCAUGGAUGGGCAAUGGCACUACAUGUAACCUCCAUCUUGUAAAGCAAAACGCAACGAAAAAGGGGGAAGGCUUCAAGGCAUGCCAGGGGAGUACGUACCUCAGAGUGGUCCUAUGGGCAUGAGCAUGGCCCCGCAAAGUUACACCCCUCCUCAUCAGAUGACCCCUCACCCCACCCAGCUUCGACACGGACCCUCCCUCCACCCCUAACUGCCCGGCCCCCAUCACCUUCAUCACACCCACCAUCCCCAUCACUCAGCCAUGCUGAUGCACGGAGGACCCCCCUCUCAACCAGGAAUCACCAUGUCUGCACAUAGCCCCCGGCCACCCCCCGCAGAGCCCCAUUGACCCCAGCGCUGGAGGACAAGGCCUGGACAUCCACGCCCAAUUGUAUAAGGGAACUUUACUACCACAAUGACGUCAACAUCAUCAACAACAACAGCAGCAGCUACUAAGAGAAAAAAACAACAACAACCCUACAACAAAGCUAUUUUCAGAAAACAUUUCAGAAUAAAAACGCAAAGCCCUUUGACCGGAAUUAGACAUUAAAAACAGAAUUCCAGAUGAGCUGUGAUGAUUUUUUCCUUUUUUUUUUUGUUUUUACUUGUCAAUUUUGUUACUUUCAUCCAAAUGGAGGACCAAGCUGACAUGAACACUUUGUCUUGGGCUUUUGUUAAAGAUCAACAGAUGUUCUAACAACGGACACGUGCAAACACGGACACGCACACAACUCAAGACACACACAUACAAACACAGUACCCACUCUCUCCAGUGACACGUUCAACUCAUUUUCAAAUGAAAUCACUCUGGAAAAUUGAGAGAAAAAAAGAGAAGAAAAGAUUCCCAAGAGUUAUAACUACUGUAGUAUAAAAAUUAUAGAAACGAAGUUAAAACGUGUGCAUUUUUCGUUGAUCACUCAAUUUAUGUUUCCUGAGCUAGUUAUAGAAUUAAAGGUUAAGCCUUUCUCUCACACUGUGUGUGCUCCUUCCUGGAGGAGAAACUGUCUCGGUGGUGCAGCAGCACUAUAAAACAGAAAAGAUGGAACAUCUCAACAACGGACUCCCAUUCGCUCCCAACCAGAGCAACAGGCAGAACAGGCGCUGUCCCCAUAGAGAACAGGGCAUGAUGGGAAAAGGCUGCUAAAUGACAUCUGAUCUCUCCAGAAGAUUCAGUUUAAAAAUGUUUCAUGCCCCUCAUUUUUUUGGUUCAUGAAUGAAUGUUGCCCUGUAGGUAUAUAAACAAAAGUUAUUAGUUUGAAUUGCCCAAGCACUGGAUUGUGUUGGUUUUAUACAUUUUUAUUUUAUUUUAUUUUUUUGUAUCCUGGACUCUCAUUGACAGAGCCUAUUGAAGGAAGCUAGUGGAAAAGCAGCAUCCUACUUUGCUUCUUUGCCUCUGGAUAAACAUACUUGCCAUAUGGACAAUACUGACACAAUGGUGGAUUCUUUGGCACUGGGAGAAACAAUUGAUGGUUGAUGCACCAAAAAACAUAAAAAAGACAAAAAGACAAAAAAAUAACUUAAAUUAUGAACUCAAAGCUUUGGGAAAAAGCUAAGAGAAUAUUGCAACAAACUUCGUACAGAGUUCAGUCUAUUAAUUGUUUCAUGUUAGAUAUUCUAUGUGUUUACCUCAAUUGAAAAAGAAUGUUUUUGCUAGUUUCAGAUCUGCUGUGGCAUUGAUAUUGUAUGUCUAUGAAUUCCUUCCUUUUUCAGCACGUGUUCCUCACUAGAUGAUACAAUGCCAUCUCCCUUAAGCUUUGUCAAAAAUACAUUAUUAAAUACUUGUAUGAGGACUGUGACGUAAUGUUUAAAAGGUGUUCAGUCACAAAUGCUGUAAUAAAUAUUUCAUUUUUGAUUUUUGUUA